AUGCGAGCCCUGACCCUCGUGCAAGCCCUGGCCCUUGCGACCGGGGGGGUUCCCCCCUCCCCCCCCCCCCAUCCCAUCCCAUCCCCCACCCUGACGCUCUCCCCCUCCCCCGCAGCGGGGACCACCUACAUCUUCGGGAAGGGGGGGGCCCUGAUCACCUACACGUGGCCCCCCAACGACCGACCCAGCACCCGCGCCGACCGCCUGGCCCUGGGCUUCAGCACCCACCAGCGCGACGCCGUCCUGCUGCGCGUGGAGAGCGCGGCCGGGCUGGGCGACUUCCUGCAGCUCCACAUCGCGCAGGGUGCCGUGGGGGUGCUGUUCAACGUGGGCACCGAGGACAUCGCGCUGGAGGAGCGGGGGGCGGCCGUCAGCGACGGGCGAUUCCACGUCGUCCGCUUCACCCGCAGCGGCGGCAACGCCACCCUCCAGGUGGACGGCGGCCCCCUGCACGAGCGCUACCCCCCAGGCAGCGGGGACAGCGAGCGGCUGGCGCUGGCGCGGCAGCGCAUCCCCUACCGCCUGGGGCGGGUGGUCGAUGAGUGGCUGCUCGACAAAGGCCGGCAGCUCACCAUUUUCAACAGCCAGGCGGCCGUGCGAGUCGGGGGUCGCGAUCGCGGCCGCCCCUUCCAGGGCCAACUCUCGGGACUUUAUUACAACGGGCUGAAGCUUUUGGCGCUGGCGGCCGAGGGGCACCCGCGCGUGCGACUGGAGGGUGACCUACGAUUGGUGGGGGAACCCCCCCCCGUACCCCCCGCGCCCCCGGGGGCCACCCCGGCUCCGCCCGAUAUGGCCACCACCAUCAUGGAGACCACCACCACCAUGGCCACCACCACCACCCGCCGCGGGCGGUCGCCCACCCUUCGCGACGCCGUCGCGCAGAACACGGACGACCUGCUGGUGGCCUCGGCCGAGUGCCCGAGCGACGACGAGGACCUGGAGGAGUGUGAACCCGGCACAGGCGGCGAAUUGGUGCUGCCGGCGUCCCCGGCGGGCGGGGGGCCCCCGUCCCCCCCGCCGUCCCCCCCGCCGUCCCCCCGCGCGCCCCCCGGUUGCGGCCCCGACUGCGAGGAGCCCUCGGGCUUCGCUUCGGGGGAGGCGGCCGACCCCAACGCGCCGCCGGCCGACGACGAGGACUUCGCGGGUCACGGCGGCGGUGACAUCACCGCCCCCCGCCGCGACGACGUCACGGCCGACGGCGUCACCCGGGCCGAUGACGCCGACGCAGACGCCGACGACGUCACCGUCCCGACCGUGGUGGCCGUCCCGUUACCCGGUUUGGUUCCGGCGGGCGAACGGCACCCGCGGGAGGGAAACGCGGGACGCGGUAGGGCGACGGCGACCCCGGUGACGCGUCGUCCCGCUGUCCCUACAGCCGUAGCGCCCGGCGCCGUGGAGGUGGUGAGGGAAGCCGGCGGGACAACCGGCAUGGUGGUCGGUAUCGUGGCCGCCGCCGCGCUCUGCAUCCUCAUCCUCCUCUACGCCAUGUACAAGUACCGCAACAGGGACGAAGGCUCCUACCAGGUGGACCAAAGCCGCCAUUACAUCGGAGCAGCCCCUUCUUCCGUCGCCGCGACCGCAGCGGUUUUAACCGGGACCCCCGGGGGAGUCCCCAACGUUUCCGUACCUUCUUCCGGUGGGGGGACCCCAAAAGAAAAGGUGCCCCCCGCGCCCCCCAAAGCGCCCGGCAAGGCGCGACGCAACAAGGACAAGGAGUACUACGUCUAGAUUUUUUUUGGGGGGGGGGGGGAGAAAGCAGGGGGGGAAAAGGGGGGGGGGAAAAGCGGGGGAUGUCACCCCGACUACCCCACCCCCCCCCCCCAAAAAAAAACCCGGACCCCCCCCACCCCCCCCCCCCUCCUGCGGGAUGUCAACACCCCACCCCCCCCCCAGGGUGACACCUCUGCCGUCGUGUGUGUCCCCACCCCCCCCCCAACACCACCACCAUCCCCCCGAGGGAAAAGGGGGGCGCGGGGACGGGGGCUCCCCGCAAACCCGGGGGGGGGGGGGUCCGAGGGCCCCAGUGUGUGGGGGGGGAAGGGCGAUGCAGCCCCCCCCCCCCCUUUGCCCUGCCCGAACCCCUUUUUCUUGGUUUUUUUUACCACCCCCCCCCGGG